GGGAAGGGGGGCGGAGGUGGGUCCCCCGCGGGAUGUGGUCUGCAGUUGCAGCCGGAGCGUUCCAUUCAAGCCCAAGCCGACUGUGGGUCCGCCGCUCGCCAGGAGCUCAGCCAUGUGGGCUCCCAGCCACCGUCACCUCUGUCUGGUCUUCCUGCUAGCCUGUGUUUUUGCCUGCGUCUUCGUCCUCCUCAUCCACCACUGCCUCUUUCACAGUGGCUUAGGCCUGUCCCUGCUGUGUCCAGACCGUAGGCGGGUGACCUCCCCCGUGGCCAUCCUCUGCCUGAACCCCAACACCACCUUUUCCUGUCCCAAGCAUCCUGCCUCUGUCUCAGGAACUUGGACUAUUGACCCCAAAGGCCGGUUUGGGAACCAGAUGGGGCAGUACGCCACGCUGCUGGCCCUGGCCCAGCUCAAUGGCCGCCAGGCCUUUAUCCAGCCCUCCAUGCACGCCGUCCUGGCCCCCGUGUUCCGCAUCACGCUGCCUGUGCUGGCGCCGGAGGUAGACAGACACGCUCCUUGGCAGGAGCUGGAGCUUCAUGACUGGAUGUCAGAGGAGUACACCCACUUGAAGGAGCCCUGGCUGAAGCUCACGGGCUUCCCCUGCUCCUGGACCUUCUUCCAUCACCUGCGGGAGCAGAUCCGCAGCGAGUUCACCCUUCACGAGCACCUGCGGCAGGAGGCCCAGCGCUCACUGAGUGGGCUCCGCCUCCCCCGCACCGGGGACCGCCCGAGCACCUUCGUGGGUGUCCACGUGCGCCGCGGGGACUACCUAGAGGUGAUGCCCCUCCACUGGAAGGGUGUGGUGGGGGACCGCGCUUACCUCCAACAGGCUAUGGACUGGUUCCGGGCCCGGCACGAAGCCCCUGUCUUUGUGGUCACUAGCAAUGGCAUGGAGUGGUGCCGGGAAAACAUUGACACCUCCCGGGGGGAUGUGAUCUUCGCUGGAGACGGGCAGGAGGAUGCUCCUGUCAAGGACUUUGCGCUGCUCACACAGUGCAACCACACCAUCAUGACCAUUGGUACCUUUGGCUUCUGGGCCGCCUACCUGGCUGGUGGAGACACCAUCUACCUGGCCAACUUCACCCUGCCUGAUUCCAGCUUCCUGAAGAUCUUUAAACCUGAGGCUGCCUUCCUGCCUGAGUGGGUGGGCAUUAAUGCGGACUUGUCUCCACUCCAAAUGUAGGCUGUCUUGAGGAACAGGGAGACUUUCUGAAAUAGCCUGAUCCAUGUAAGGCUAAUGGUAUGCAUCUCUGGAAGUCCAGAAGAUUCUAGAGAAGCUUGUGGUCCUGCAGGUAGUGGACACCCAUUUCUAGAGUCAUUCUAGUUGGCUAGACUUAGUAAAAAGGGGCAUGGGUGUUUCUUGCCACUGCUGGAACAUUCUAGAAUCAAUGGAAAACCUUUGCAUGGUGGUGGCGAUGUCUGGAAAAGUUCGUGGCAGUUCUAGAAGGCACAGUGCCCACCUGUUCUUCCCAGGCCAUAACCAGAGUACUUCUAGAUCACUGCCCGCAGUAACAUGGAAUUCACCAUUCCAGUGUUGACCAUCCUGGCCUUUUUUGAGAAGAGAUAGUUCUCUUCUCUGGGUCAGCAGGACUGAAGGAACUCACGGGUGUUCUGCAGCAAGCACCUAUCAACUCCCUUUCUGUGGCUCUGGAAUGAUUCUAGAGGGGUGGGGAGAUGUUUUCUGGAGAGGGUCAACUCUAAUGCCUGUAAAGAGCCCUGCAGGGCCCUUCCAGAGGGUAUGGGAUUCUAGAAUUCCGGGUAACCUCAGUGAAGAAGCUAACAAAGAGACAACCAGUAGGUCAAUAGCUCACCACUGCUGGAAAGGUUGAUGGAAGACAAACUUAUCUGUAGCUGGGACUGUGUGAGCAAAGCGGAACUUUACUUAACAUUUCAGCCCCUGAAAAACCACAGAUAUGCUAAAGCAUGUGAUGGGAGGGGGGAGGGAUGGUGCUGAAUGCUGCAGCCUAAGGAGCAAGGCUCUGCAAAAAUCUCCGGACACUGUUGUUGUUGUUUUUUAAAAAAACUCCAAAAAUGUGCACACCUUAACUCCAAGUUCAGUUUGUGUCUGCCAGCUAAGGAAGUUUCCUCCUCCAUAGCUGGGCUGCUGGGGGUGAUGGAGUCGAUUUACUGAGGUGGCUAGUGGUAAAGAACCUGCUUGCCAAUGCAGAAGAUGCAGGAGACUUGGGUUCCAUCCCUGAGUCAGGAAGAUCUCCUGGAGGAGGAAAUUGCAACCCACUCCAGAAUUCCAUGAACAGAGGACCUUGGUGGGCUACAGUCCAUGGUGUCAUAAAGAGUUGGACGUGAUGGAGUGACUGAGCACACACAGCAUACCGCUGGCAUAAGAGUGCCUUCUGGGCUUGCAGAAAACAGUGGGUAUUGUGUCCCUUGCCAGCCACUCUCUGUCCCUGAAUUCACAGAAUCUCUAAGUCUGGCUUUGGACAAGUGAAGGAUGAAAGAAUCAGAAGGUAUGCAGACUCCAGACUGGUCUCCAACCCAGGCGCGUGGAGUCUGGACAAGAGAAUGGGAUUUUUUUUUUUUUUUUUUUGGCCAUGCAGGACAGCAUGGGGGACCUUAGUUCCUCAAUUAGGGAUGGAACCUGCAACCCCUGCAUUUGAAGUUCAAAGUCUUAACCACUGGACCACCAGGGAAGUCCCAGAAAAUGGAAUUAUUGACUUAGACUUUUAGAACUUCCAUGAGGCUUUUUGAAAGAAAUGAAGGUAGAUACCUUUAUUACAGAGUUGUCAGAGAAUUUGAGACCUUUUCUAGUUUUCUCAGGGAGUUUUGGGGGACCAGUCCCUACUCGACUGCUGUAGGUGGGAAAGAGGGAUGUAUGAAUUAAAAUCCAUACCACCAA